GCUUGAAAUUCUUUAGACCACUUCUGCGCAUCUAUGCAUGUGCAUCUGAAAAUUUUACAACCAAAAAUCCACAUUAUUCUGAAUAAUUGGCACUUACGUAUUAUUUGUUAAAUGUGUAUCUAAUACAAGUAUUCAAAGACCAUUAAUUGAUCAUUUUUGAGCUAUAGACUUUUUACAGCCAAGUUAAAGUCAUGGUCAUGGAAACCCCAAGCCCACAAUGUGUUGGCAGGGAAUUUGUGAGGCAAUAUUACACUUUGCUUCAUGAAGCUCCAAGGCAUCUUCAUAGGUUUUACAGUCACAAUUCUUGUUUUGUUCAUGGAGGAGUUGAGAAGCCUGGUGAAGAACUGCCUCCAGUCACAGGACAAUCGGAAAUCCACAAGAAGAUAAUGUCUUUGAAUUUCCGAGAUUGUCAUGCCAAGAUUAGACAAGUUGACAGUCAAUCUACUGUUGGAGAAGCUGUUGUCGUCCAGGUAACCGGUGAACUGUCGAACAAUGGACAACAAAUGAGACGUUUCAUGCAGACGUUUGUUUUGGCUCCUCAAUCACCAAAAAAAUACUACGUUCACAAUGACAUCUUUCGGUAUCAGGAUGAAGUAUUUCAUGAUAAUGACAGUGAUGUGGAUAUCACUGAGGAGUGUGACGUUGAAUCAGAAGUUGAAAAUGGCCAACAGGUUGAACCCCAGGGAGAUCCAUCAAAUUUUUACGCAAACACAGACUCGCCGAUCAGUAAUGGAACAGCACAUGUACAAGAAAGAAUAGAGUCACCUCCCUUAAAAGAACCUGAAAUGAAGGAGGAAGAAGAUAUUGAAGAAGAUAAAUACGAAGAAGAACCUGUACCGAAAUCACCCGAACCCCCAGUUGAAGAGGAACCUCCAGCAGAACCUAAGCCAUUUUCCUGGGCUGCGUUAGCGAGUAAAAAGACACCUGGUGGCAAUAUUCCUCCUGCUAGCCAGGUCAAUAUGGCGGCUAACAAACCUCAAACAACUUCUACCGAAUCGAAAUCAGACCAAAAUGAGGCUCCGCAACCACAGAGACAAGCCAGACCUGUACCAAGAGACAGAAAUCGUGAACGAGAAAAGACGAGCAGUUUUAGCCGUGCUGAUGGUGAUGGAGAUAACGACAGUUUAAGUGGACGUAGAAUGCCCAGAUACCCAGACAGUCAUCAGUUAUUCGUCGGAAAUCUACCACACAAUAUUCUCGAAAAAGAUUUGAAAAGUUUCUUUGAACAUUAUGGUAAUGUUAUGGAAUUAAGAAUAAAUACAAAAAGUGGCGGUGGAAAAGUACCGAAUUUUGGUUUUGUAGUAUUUGACAGCCCGGAUCCCGUACAACAGAUAUUGAGUAACAAACCAAUUCGAUACAAUGGAGAUCACAGAUUAAACGUAGAGGAGAAAAAGCCGAGAGGUGACGGAAAUCGACCGAGUAGCGGACGCGGGGGAAUGUCACGAGGAGGAAUGAAUUCUGGGGGCAGUGGCCGUGGAGGUUUCGGAGGUGGACGUGGGGGAAUGAAUAGAGGGGGAUUUGGUAAUCGUUCGGAAGGCAGGGGAGGUAAUUCUAAUGUAGGCGGGGGCCGAGGGGGUAACUCAGGCGGUGGAGGUGGUGGUGGUGGCGGAUUUAGUAAUGCAAGACGUUGAUGAAUGAAUUCUGGUGCUUAAUUAAUAUAUUGGAAAGUAUGCAAUUUAUAGCUGUUAAUAAAGGAGCAUAUCAAUGGCUAAAUAGUCCUUUAUAAAUGUAAAAGAUCAGCUAAUAAUUUAUUGUAACAUGGUAACCAAAUAGCCAAUGGCCAUAGAACAUUCAUGUGAUUGACGUAACCUAACGACGCCCCUUUAUUUAUAUAUAUUUAUAUGGGCAGAUUAAACGGCAACAAGUAGCGAUUUUGUUUUGAUAAUAUACAAGUAUCGCUGGUCCUGUGUUGUCAUGGUUACAUGUCGAUCCCACGUGUGUUAAAGUAACAUCUAAUAACCGAUUGUUAACCAAUUUAAAAACUUUGUACAGAUUUUUUUUGUGCGCAGAACGGGUCUCAAUUGGUUGACAUUGGUUCACUAAGGUCAAAGGUUAUUCUCACUUGUUAAAAAGAGACUGUAUGAAAGGACGAGUUCUGAAUGCCCUCAGCUGAAUUGCAUAUUUUCUGUAUUAUGUGUUUUGUGUGAAAAUGUCUGUCUUCGUAUAAUUGUAAAAUGCCACUAGAAAGAAAAGUAAAAGUUGUUUUUAUUUUUGGUGGUAUGUCCUAGUUGUGACAACUUGACAAUAUCCUAUUUGUAAAUUUAUUGUAUAAAAGAAUAUUGAAAGACCCAGUCUUAUUUUCAUACUGUUACCAAGGUGAUAUAUUAUAUUUAAUUUUUUGGUUAAUAAAUCGAGAAUUUUAAAAAAAAUCUAGGAUCAAUCGAUUAAUUAUUUGAAAUUAUAUUUGAAAAAAACAUGGUGCAAGACUAUGCAAAGUUAUUUAAUAAUCGGAGUUCACUCUCUUGUUAUUCACUCCAUUGUCAUAUUGCGAUCUUAAGUUUUACUAUUAUCAUGUCGUGCAUUAUAAUAAAUCCGACACCCCAAAACCCCCCUCCCCUAACCCCAACCUCACCCUUUGUCUCUGCCUGGGUGAAAUUCUCUAGCUAUGGUUGAUUGGACUGAACAUUCCUCUGGAUUUAUGUUUCAGGCUGCUUUCAUUAAUAUUAAAUAUUUAUUGAACGUGAUUCCAAUAUUUUUAGAUUGUCUCAGUUUCUAACGAAAAUAUUUUUAUUGACUCCAUUCGGUCACCAAUUGUCUACAGUGCUAUAAUAGAUUAUCCUGCCUUGGUUAUUAAUUUUGGAUAAAUCGUAUAACCUGAAAUCCGACCCCUUAAAUAGAGUUCUAUUGUUUUAUAAUAUGAUUUAAUGUCAUUAAUUUUUAACGACAUUUUGAAAAAAAAUAAAAAAAGGGCAACUAAACCAAUUAACAUGUAGAUUAUUAAUGGCUUUAGAUAUGUGGUCACUUUUUCUGUCCAAUUCGAUUUAAUUCGCGUCUACACCGGACUUAGAUAUCGUUUGGACAGGAUUCAGUCACUAAUACGUAACUAAUGUAAAUUUUGAUCAUUUUUACAUUUUAUUUAUUACAAAGUGUUGAGUUAUGAAAAAAAGAUAAAGAUAUAUGAUAAAAGAUCAACUAUGAAUUAAGACAAUUUUAGAAAAUAUUUUUACUUUUCUAAUGAUCUCAUGCUUGAGUAGUUUAUUCUAGGGUGAAAGUUUUAUCCCUGACAUCAAGUUUUUCUAUAGACAAAGACCGUUAGUUUUAAUGAUUUUCUUGAAUAUCAUUGUUUUAGAAUUGGUAAUUUUUCAGUUUUCAAAUAUACCAAAUUUAGACUUAUUACGUAUUUGCAUUAUUUUUGAAGUACAGUACUAGUAGUACAGUCGAAUCAAUCAAUCUACCUUAUAUGUGGUACUGGAAUGUCUACCAUAGAAUGAUAGUCAUGCUUUUAAAUAUUUUAAAGUUUUAAAAAAAGAAAAUAAAAAAAAAAAGUAUUAAAACAAUGAUAUUCUAUUAAGUGUAUUGAAACGAUGUGUUCUUAUUUCUGUGUUUAAAACAAAAUCAUUCAACAUUUUUCCAUUGUAAAUUACAUUUCAAUAUUGUUCAUCCAUCGUUUAACAAGAUCCAUUUCUGCUAGUCGGUUGCAAAUACCAACACAACUGUCAUAUUGUGCAAACAUAAAACUUUUAUAUUUUUUCUUCUCCGAAGCAUUGUGAAUUUGGCUUCAAUAAAAACUUCUGUCCUUUAAUACAAGUCAACAUGAGUUCUCAGUUAUUUAUAACGUAACAAAUUUUAGUUUUCAAAUGAUUUAAUUAAUUCAUAAUAUUGAUACAUGCUUUAAGUUUGUUUAUCAAAAAAUAUGUGAUUUAUAUUAGUUGUUCAAAAUUCUUCUGAGGCAAUACUCAAAGGUAAUUUAAUGUUUAAAUUUUGAAAUUUAAUGAAACAAUUUGCAGUCAAAUUUUACUGGUUACAAGUGCUGUGUAGUUGAUAUCAAAUUAGGUUGCCUUGUGUCUUUCAAAUAAAAUUUAAAGAUAGAUUAAAAUGACCCAGUGAUAUCUAAUUUUACAUAAGAGUUACUUCCCUUAAUUUUAAACUGCACCAAAUUUUGAAUGACGAUUUGUAGAAGCAGGUGUUGAACCACUACCAUUUGUAUAAGGGUAGAAAUUGAGAAUGUAACAGGUCUCGUUAAUUUUAGAUUUCUGGAAUGAUCUUGAUGAUAGCUCCCAUGCUUCCAUUUUUAAUGCUACAAAUUCUUCGAAAUAUGUGAUUUAAAUUUUAAAAAGUUGUGUUAAAAUUGUAGUUGGAAGUAACCCUUAUUUUAAUGAAGAUAUCAUUCUACAGCUACUUUCUUUGUUAUGAAUAUUACACCUAUAUUAACAAAUUAAUUAUAUUUGCAAUAUUAUUUAAACAAAGUUUAAAACUUGGAAGAGAGAAUGGGUGAAAACUUCAUUAUGUUUAGAUUUAAAAAUAUGUUUGAAUUUUUUCUCUCUCACGAGUUGAAUUUUGUGAUUUUAACUAUUGUCUUGAAAAAACUGACAGCUGAAACGGAAAAAUGUUCUCGUUAUGAAAUAAUUGUAUUAAGAUUUUCAGCUGCACUUUUUUUGAAAAUAAAUUCCUAGGAUUUUU